AUGGGUAACUCGACUUCCAAAAAGCGUGCGUCGGGCCUACCUAGGAACAUUGACUCAAAUGAUCUGGAUAAAAAGGAGAACGGGCAUAGCUCUGGUACAAGCUUCGGGAAUACGUCGACCAGAGAUUUUCCGCAUGUUGAUACAAACAAAAAUAAUACUUCAAGUAAUAUUACACCCAGUCCCGAAAAUA